GAGGACUCCAAUUUGGGGAGGAGCAGAAGGUAGCUGUAAGUUUUGAGGGAGACGUGUGGUUGGGGAGAUAAGGUUCGUUCUAGCCAAGGGUGGAGAUUAAGUGACUCUGGUGACUCAGGGUUUUGAAAGCAACAGUUGGUCAUAGGACAGCAAGACCCCAAGCGGGAUCAAGACCCUGAAGAAGACUCAGGUAGGUGGCAUUGGGUUACCUGGUUUUCUCCGACAGGUUCACAUGGGGGGUAAAGCUAAUAACAGGUGAAAUAAUUAUUUUUAUGGAACAUAAAUACUACUACAGAAUACAAUAAUUAUCUGACUGCCAUUUUGGAAUCAAGAGGAAUUUUUUUUGUCUUGUUUGUGGCACUUUGGAAAAGGCUUCAAACUGUUUUUUGGUUUUUUUUUUUGUUUGUUUUCUGGAUCAGUCACAGAAACAGAUGUGUGGAUGGUUACAUUUGAUGUAUUAAGUCUUUUUUUUUUCCAACCUAGAUCACUAUGUUACUACGGUUAGGCUCUGGGCAUGACUCCAAAGAUGCUCUAUUAGUUUGCAUUUUUUUUUUAAUAAAUUACGAAAUAUCCCCAAUAGAAAAGUGUAGGCAUUGUGGACCAUUUGGCAAAUCCACCAGAGAAUGUUAGUAAGCCCCUAUUGCUUGUGUCUAACGGGUGUAGAAAUUAUGUGAAAAUAUUUAAUUUGGAAUAUUUAUCAGAUAUCCUUUGUUUGAAUAAUGUCUUUUAUAUAUAUAUAUAUACACGUAGUUUAUUUUAAAUGAUCUGCAAUAUCAUCAAGUUCUAGAACUAUCUCAAAUUUAUCAGGCCUAUUGAGAGUCAUUUUAUUUAAAGUAUUUAUUUCCUAAACCCCAUGGGAUUGUUUGUCAUAUAAACCCAAAAUUAAGGAUAUCUUUCUCUGGACAUCAUCAAUACAUUCCUUUGAUUUAUAUUUCUAUUAAAAAAAAAAAAAAAAAAAUAGGCUAGCUAUCUGUAGGUUUAAAUAACCUUUUAUAAUGUCCAUAGAGAACUGUUUGAGCUAUCUGGAACACAAAAGUUUAAUCUUGAAAUGUUCUCAAGAUUCAACAGCCCUGGAGGUAUGGCAUUAUUGGAGAAAGCAGAAGUAAUUCAUACAAAUGGUGCCUUUUAUAGUAACUACUGAACUGAUUUCUCUUGUUAGUCUAUACUUUGAACAGUUUCAAAGUAUACUGUACUUAAGUACGGAUUGCUAGAGUGAAGGGUCAGAGAUUCCCAAGGUUGGUGUAUUUCUUUAGACUGACCACCAAUACAAUCUCAAUUGGUAAAAGCACUCUUAUACAGUAUAUAUCUGAAAUUGUUUAAAAACAAUUCUACGCUCAAUUAAUGCAAACUUCCCAAAAAUAUAUUGUUUAAAAAUUAUAAUUUUUUUUAAUUUUUUUUUUAAUUUUUUAAAAGCUUCAUUUUGACAUGUACUGCAUAUCUCUCAAUCAGGGUUGGGCAACCUACAGCACUUCAGAUGCUGUGGACAAUGCCUGCAAAGCAUCAUGGGAGAUGUAGUCCACAAGAUCUGGAGUGCCGAAUGAUGCCUACCCCUGCUUUAGGGGCUUCAUCUUCCCUAUAGGGUAUAUUUUACUGAAUUACCAACUGUGCAAUUUUAUGACUAAUGUAAGACUACCAUAGAUUGUAUGCAUAGGAUUGAGUCUUAAACCAUAUCGUUAGGUAAAUUUCCUUUGAAAUAGGACAGACUCUUGAAAUUGUUACUUAAGGGUAAAAUAAUCUAGCGGUUACUUAAGUGCGGUUAUAUUUCUAACCAUUAAAUGUAUCAAUGGUAUUCCAAAUUCUAUUUGCUUUAUAGAACUGACACUUGAACUAUGUCUAUGCUCCUAGUUGACUAUGCCACCUUGCAUGAUAGGUGCUUGCAAGUUUAUCUAAUUAUUUGGUUCCAUAUAUUGAUUGUUACUCUUCAAAGAGAUGGGUUUGAAGUAUGACUUAUCUAAUAAGUGAGAAUUUAAAGUGAAUUUUAAAUUUAGGGCCAGAAUAGCAUAUUUGAAACUGAUGUAGAGUUUAUUUGUUUUUGCUAUUUUAACCUGGAAUUUACUUGGACUGCUCACUUUAUUAAAUAACACCGAUGUGGUUGCUAGAUUAGGUUGUGGAGUUACAGAGUGCGCGUUUUAAAGCAUGGAUUUGGGCUCUGCAUCUAUGAGGUUGCUGGGCGGGGGAAUCCUCUGUCUUUCUUAUCUCGACAUUCACGUAGCUGGGAGUUCCCUAUAACGAAGGAGUCUUAUCAGUCGAGGCAGAGAGAGCUGCGACCCAGGUCCACAACUUAACUGCGCAGAAUUGCGAAAAACAUGACAAUGUUAACAUACGAUGAGAUCAGAUCGCCUUUGACAAUACUGUUCAGUGGACUCAAAAUACAUUGGAUCAUACUCGGGAGUGACAUUCAUUGCAAAAUAUAUUGCCAUAAAAACUCCUGAAUUUAGAAAUCAAUAAUAAUGGCAUUCCAGGAAGAAUGUUUUUUUUUUUUGCUCUCUCUGUACAUUGUCGUAGGUCAUGACAUUAGUCUAAAAAAUAAAAUAAAAAUCCUUACGGUUUACUAAACAGACAGAAAGUGAAGUUUUAUGGUUACACAUCUAUUAAAUUUCAUUGGUCAUCAAACAUGUAUAUAUUACUCCUUCUGGAACACACAAGCCUUUCUAAGACUAUUAACUUUUUAUUAUCCUUAUUGCACCGCAUAGUCCUGAUGAAGGAUAAACAGUGAAUAUAAAGCAGUGUUCUGAAUACAGAUACAGAUCCACUGCUGCACUGCAUUCCUGAGCUGUUUGUGGGGUAUACAGAGCCUGUCCUCUAACAGGUUUACAAUCCUAUACGUGAAAAAUAAACCUCAAAUACCUUAACAAGGAUUUUAUAUAUCUAUGUAUCAAUCAGGGUUUUUCUCUGAAAAUUGUCAAAAAUUCCAAGUGAAUUCAAUAUGAAAUUAAAAUUUAAGGCCAAAGUAGCUGAACUUAAAGCGCUUUUGAUUUUGCUGAGAAUUUUUUCCCAGUUCAUCUAUUUUGGUAUUAAAUUUGAAAUUUAUGUUGAAUUCCCGACAAUUCUCACAGCCAGCUUCAACAUUAUUUUGGUUUCUUUUGUAAUUGUUCCACAUUUAGAAUUUUUUCCUUGUUUCUUCGUACGAAACCCCACGAGCUACUUCAGGCUGCGUAUAUACCUAGAUUAACUGUAACCAGUAUUUUCGGGUCCGCUAGAGCGAACUUCAAAGCUACCAAAAGAAAGUUGUCAUAAAGGCAUAUUUACGGAACGAAAUUUAGGCUAAGUUAGUCAUGUAGAGAAAACGUCUAAUCUCAUACAAUAUGCAGUUUUAUAUUUAGCUAUCACUGCCUGUGCAUUAAAAACAUUAUAAUCAAAAUGGCGCAAUCAACAUUUUUAACAUCCUUUAAGAGACUUGGUAAUUUUUUUGAAUUUACAUUAACACAGUACCAAUCAUAACAUAGCAGAGCUAAAUGUCACUUUUGUGGAUAUGGUAUUCUAUUUAGGGGUAGGAUCUUCCCAUCAUUCUCAACCAGACGAACUACAAAUUAAGGCUCUUACAGUGUCUGGGAGGUGAAUUGGGGAUGUAAUCGCAAUCGUUUAUACAAUUAUUAACAGCAUUGUAAUUAUGCUUCACUAUUGCAAAUGAAGUGUUAUUACAGGAUCGCUGCUAAAUAUGAUGUACAACUUUGUGUUAGCUAUUAUUUAGUGAGUCACGCUAUAUGAUGCAUGCGCUUUUUUGUUCUGUUUUUUUUUUAAACCUUCUACAUUUCUCUUAAAUAAACUAGAUGGGUUUUGACAUCGGUAAGGUGCAACAUGAGUUAUAAUCCCAUUAAUUGUGUGAUUUGUUCCUUGCAAACAUGCAGGUCUGAGUCCGAGUGUUAUGUGCACCCCUCGCUGGGAACUGGAUCAGUAAGGGAUAUAACCACUCAACAGCAACAUGACAUCCAGAGUGAGUAGCACUCAACUUAAUCUUCCUAACCAAUCACAUGACUGUUACAUCAUUCCUCAACUCUUGUUACAUAAUAUCACAUCUCUCAUCUCUGUAUGAUGACUUUUUUAGUUUUUUUGGAGAGAGGGGAGUUGGAGUUUUUGUUGUUGGGUGGGUUGGGGCUGUUGUAAGUUUACAUUGUUUAUUUAUAUAUACACAUUAAAUUGUUAAAUGUAAAGUCCAUCUACAAUACAGGCCUCGGUUUUAAUAUUCUUGGAUGCGCUUUUCAAAUGAUUUUGAUAUUAAAAAAAAAAAAAAAUACAUUGAUAUAUAUUUUUCAUAUUUUUCUAUAUUUUGAAGAAAGAGCUUGCCCAAAAAUAUUAAAUCAAGGCAAUAUUUUGAUAAGAUUUAUUUUUUUCCAGAUUAUAUGUUGCAAAAAUUCUUUGGAUGUCACGUAUAAAAAGUGUCUGUUCUGAAAAGAGGUGCAAACAUGUUAAAGGGGAGGAGUCACCAAUGCAAUAUACCUGCUGGUUGCACUGGUUUCCAUAGUGACUGCCCCACUUUCAGUACUUUAGACGAUUUUUUACAACACAGCACUUUAUACCUAACCCCUAUUUAUCAAAUAAGAUACUAAAGCCACGUACUGCUCGUUUCCUAUUGGAUGCACAAGAUUCUAAUUUAGAACACUGGCUUGUCAGUCCAAUAAAGUACCAAGUGAUGUCUAAUGCAUUAACAGCAGAGAUAAAGUCAAUGGGAGAGAGAGACUCAUUCACUGAGAUUAGUUUGACCAAAUUUUACUUCUCCCAUUUUUAACGUAUGCUUGCUAUUUAUUACACUUACACGAGUUUUGACUGUAACCAUUCACUGCCCUUUUUUAUGGAGGUCACAAACAGAGUUCUACUAAAUUACAUAAAUAAUAUUUGAGCAGCUGUAGGUAUAUAGUUCGAUAUACAAAUAAAUGUUUUGCCCCUACGAAUAGUUUUUUUAUUUACCUGCUGCCUAUAGGGCCCAUACUGGCACACUGGUCCUUAUAGUCCAUUUAGAAAAUCACUACCUCCCGUAUUAGCAAUUAUUGUUUUUUGGGCUAUAACAGUGAGAAAGUCAGUGGAAGUUGAAAAUUAAAGAUAGUUGUUGUUUUUUUUUUAAAUAUCACCACUGUCCAGAUUUAAGUGAUGUUUGUAAUAGAUUAGUUAUGUCUCAUGAUGAAAUCUUCUUAAACAUUCAAAGGCUAAAAAAGGUUCUAACGUAGGAUUAGUGCAAUAUUCACGCAGUUACGUGAAAUGAUGGCCAAGGGAAGAGACUAACAUAUCAAGAACCUGGCUUGCUAUUAUUUUCACACCUCUAACUCUUUUGUUUGUCCUAAAGAGUGAUUUUGACAAAGACCUGGAAGGGGCUCUUGAUAUUGGAGAAUACAACGAUAAUGACGAGAGCUUCCAGCCUGAAGAUGAUGGUAAGUAAUUAAACACUGGCAUAAACAUACUCCUUAAAAAAAAUGUCUAAAACUGGUUACCAAGGGUUACAGUUAGCAAAUAGUGAAAAUUUACUCUCUAACUUCUCGUCUCUUAGACAGUUUGAGGGAAACCUUCUCAGAAGUCCAUCAGAGUCUACCUUCAUAGUAACACGUGUUGCUAGAACGUUGACUUACAAUAAUUUCCUUUCUCUGCAACGUUAGAGGGGUAUUACAUGGAUUAUUACUGUAUCAUAUAAAUUUAUUAAAAUAGGUAAACUCAUGCAUAUUCUCCUCACUCACAUGAAACCGCAGAAGAAGAAAAUAUAAAUAAAUGACUGAUUAUGAAUAUACAUUUCAGUGGUUUGGAUACAAGGAGACAAAUGUUUAUGCAAUAAAGUUCAUAGAUCUAGAACUCCUUGUGUAACUUCAUUUAAAUCCAUGUACGCUAUACUUUUUAGAUUAUAAAUCUAUUCAAUGAUUGUUCAUACUACCGUGAACAAUCGCAUACCUGAUGUAAAGUAUCAACUUACUCAUCAAUUUUUCUUAUAUUUUUCCUUGUGGCAUUAUGAUGUAGGUGUAGAACAAAUGCAUUUUAUGUCAUAGCAGUACCUCUAGAUUCUAAGACUGCUCAUACCACGUCUAUUUUCGAGCUCCUCUUUGGAAUAAUAUUUCAGGAGGUUGCCUGUGGACCACCACAUAUGGGGCAACCGUUUCCUGCAAGUCGUUCUGACUUCAUGGAUUGCAUGCUCGGAGAGGGAAUGGUGGGAUGCGGAAAGUAAACUUGGAUAAAAAAGAAAAGCAAUCAGAUCCAGUCCAGUUUUUCAUGGAAUGGUCCAGAUACCAUUGACCAUGAUACAAUUGAUAGUUAUGCUCCAAUAAUAACAAUCUUUCGUUUCCUAUAUUUUACUUUUUAGGUCAACUAUAUAAUUCCGUGGCGGUUUAUUUUUUUUUGUAAGUUAUGUUUUCAGGAUAUAAUGUGGCCUAGUCUCUGCUUUGUAUAGGGCACACAGAUCAUUCGGAGAAGAAAAGAUCCACAUUGUACAAAAUCUGUCGGUGAGUCAGUACACACUCUAAACACUCCAUUUGGAAAACAAAUUCGGGUUUCACCAUCCCUGAUUUAGAUCAUAGCACGUCUACCAGGCUUUAUCCUGAUAAUCUGAAGUCAGAGGUCAGAGUCCCAAGAGAAACUAACUCCACGUCAAUACCUGAUAUGACAACCUAAAUUAUUUUUGAUCUAUUAUUUAUACUUGUAUUUUACUAUUGUAAUUAUCUUGGAAUCUUAUGUGAAAUUUAAAGAAAGUCUAGUCAGAAGUCUAACCUGAAACUUUGGACUGCAUUUUUUCCCCCCGUUUUUCUGUCCAAGUCUCGACAAUAGCCACCAUUAUUCAGCCUUCAUUCUAAGAUUUUUUUGUAAUAUAGAAUAUUGUUUUAAUUGCCCAAAGAAUCAGUUAGUUGACAAAAAUACCAUAUAUUGUGCCAUUUAUUGACACUCAGAGAUGUCUUACUGCCAACUUAGAAUCAGAAGCAGUUACACUUAAACUGUAAAUGAUGGCCAACUGUAAGUCCCUCUUAUCUCCAAAGUGUUCAUGAACAAUCGCAUCGCUCAGGAGGUGCUUGAGUUUAAUAAGUAGGAAAACUGAACAAAAUUCAUAAUUCCUACGAUCUCCUGUGUCUGUUUUUCAGACAGUCCAUGUUUUGGGCAAUCCGUGGCUCCUAUAACCUGGAUAGCAGGAGACGGGUGGACGAUAAAGGUCAGGGAGGACAAUAUCGAGAAAGUAGGUGGCCAAUUUUUUUUACAUCGUUGUUAAAUAUUCUUUUCACCCCUUGAAUAAGUGCUAUCCCAAUACAAAAUCUAACAGUGCUAGGAGUCUCAGGACAGGGUCAGACAACGUUGGGUAUGUAUGUGUAUGUAUAUAUAUAUAUAGUACAGCGACCUCCUGACUGCACAUUAUCAGGACAGGCUCAGACAGCUCUGGUUUUAUAUAUAAUGUACAGCAAGCUCCUGACUGCACAUUAUCAGGACCUGCUCAGAAAGGGCUGGGUUUAUAUACAAUGUACAGUGACCUCCUGACUGUAGAUUAUCAGGACAAGCUCAGACAGCGCUAGGUUUCUAUAUAUAUAGUACAGCGACCUUCUGACUGCACAUUAUCAGGACAGGCUCAGACAGCUCUGGUUUUAUAUAUAAUGUACAGCAAGCUCCUGACUGCACAUUAUCAGGACAGGCUCAGAAAGGGCUGGGUUUAUAUACAAUGUACAGUGACCUCCUAACUGUAGAUUAUCAGGACAGACUCAGACAGCGCUGGGUUUCUAUAUAGUGCACAGCGACCUCCCGACUGCACAUUAUCAAGACAGGCUCAGAAAGGUCUGGGUUUAUAUAUAAUGUACAGCGACCUCCUGACUGCAGAUUAUCAGGACAGGCUCAGACAGCGCUGGGUUUCUAUAUAAUGUACAGCGACCUCCUGACUGCAGAUUAUCAGGACAGGCUCAGACAGCGCUGGGUUUCUAUAUAAUGUACAGCGACCUCCUGACUGCAGAUUAUCAGGACAGGCUCAGACAACGCUGGGUUUCUAUAUAAUGUACAGCGACCUCCUGACUGCAGAUUAUCAGGACAGGCUCAGACAACGCUGGGUUUAUAUAUAAUGUACAGCGACCUCCUGACAGCAGAUUAUCAGGACAGGCUCAGACAACGCUGGGUUUAUAUAUACUGUACAGCGACCUCCUGACAGCAGAUUAUCAGGACAGGCUCAGACAACGCUGGGUUUAUAUAUAAUGUACAGCGACCUCCUGACAGCAGAUUAUCAAGACAGGCUCAGAAAGGUCUGGGUUUAUAUAUAAUGUACAGCGAUUAUCAGGACAGGCUCAGACAGCGCUGGGUUUAUAUAUAAAAUACAGUCACUUCCUGGCUCAGCAUUGAGAGCUUUGUAGUUUCAGCUCUAAAAUCCGUCUUCCCCAAAAUUCCAAAACCAGACACUGUCAUUAUCAUAAAUAAAGCUUUUGUGUAGUACGUUUACAAGGUACUUACAGCAAGUUGUGUGUUUAUACGGACGGGUGCAGAAAGUAUACUCUGUGUAUACUCCAAAUAAACCAUUACUAAACACCCAGACUCCAGAUUCAAAACAUUCCAUUCAAUGGAAUCCUUCAUCAAGGACUGACAGCAAGCUGGUAGCUUACUGACAAGAUACAGGGUGAGUGACUUGGCAGGCUAGGAGUAUCUUCGGCACAAGGAUUAAAAACAGGUGUAGACCCUGUACUGCUCUAGAAGUAUUUUAGAACAUUAGAGCAUCAUGGGAAUUGUAAUCCUACAAUAGCAGGGCUCUACGUAUUGUCUUUUCUAAUCUAAGGAACUGUUCAUCAUGUCAGACCCAAAGACCCAGCAAUACACCACACAUCCAUCCCAUUGUACAGCGCUACGGAAUCUGAUGGCGCUAUAUAAAUAAUAAAAUAAUAAUAAUAUUUCGUCUUUAGCACAGUUGAUUUUUUUUAUUGGUUUGAUUGUUUCAAUGAGACAAGUCGUUCUAGUAAUAUUUGGAUUUUUUAAAUUUAUUUUAAUUCAUAACAAUUAGUUUGUACCCCACUCUAGUGUUAUUGUAACCGUGAGUACAAGUUUAGCUAUACUGAAAUAAUAUUAAAUACACAUAUAUUAUCCAUACACUCAAACUCACAUUACUCCUGGCCUCAAGCUACGGGUUUAGUAUUCAGCCCCUAUGUAUUAGGAAAUCAGACUUAAAAAAAAAAAAGCUUACUUGUGCACUAUCUCAAACCCCAAUUUACACCAAAGUAAGCGUGAUUCUUUCACCACUACAUGUUCACAAAGUGCAAGAUAUGCUGAGCUGCAGUGGCUAUAGUAUGAAGAUCUAAUGUUUAAACAAAAUAUAAAAACAACAAGGACCAUUAUAAAAUGGACAAGUUUUAAGUAACAGAGAUUUUGCUAUCUUUAUAAAGUACCUUAGAAGUGUUAAACACAAAAAAAUUAAAUUGUGAAUUAUUUUUUUAUUAUUAUUAUUAUUAGAAAUUUUAAUAUACUGAAAAAUAAAUAUUUCAAUGUUCAUUUAACCCCUUAAGGACACAACUUCUGGAAUAAAAAGGAAUAUUUCCGUCAUGUGUCCUUAACUGGUAAAAGCAUCCCUACAUGGGCUGUACAAGUUAACUAAUGGUCAAUAAUAGUAAUUUGAAUACUUUUGUGUUUUCUUCCUUAUACACGAGGCAAACAUUCCGUCUUCAAAGAGAAACGACAAAAAGAAAAAAUAAAUAUUAAAAUAAUUACGUAACAAACACUGCUAGGUAGCAGCAUGGUCAUAAAUUAAAAGCAUAUAUGGUAUUAUUUUUUAAUUGAUCACUUAUAAUCUUUUUAAAUUGGAGUGUUAUAGGGAAAUGCAUGCUGCAGGGCUCUGUUAAUAUAAUUACUGCCCUGGACGCUGUAUUUAUUUCAGACUCUCUAGUAAAAGGUGACCCUGUAAAUGAGCAGAGCCAACUCUGCAAGAGAUGAAUGAUCUGGGAGGAGAAGGGGAGUGUGUGUGUGUGUGUUGUGUAUAUGUGUGUCCUCCCUCCCAUCGUGUGAGUGACCCUUUAACCUCAGGGUUCAGAAUUAAAAAUAAUAUAAAUUGUCAAGAAUUCAAGGUGAUUUGGAAAUUCUAGGCCAAAGUAGCCAAACUAAAAACACAAAUGACUUGGAAAAAGGCCAGCAUGAUGGAAAAUUUUCGACAUGGGUCCUUGAGGGGUUUAAAAUCUAUUCCACACCUCAAUGGCGACUAAACAAAAAAAAACGUAGAAAUUCAAUAGAUGGAUAUAAUGAAAACUAGAAAAAGAUAUGACACGCAAAUAUGUAUAUUUAAAUAUAUACUUCUAACGAUCUGUAAUUUUUAUCUUAAUAAAAUUUAAUAUAUAAUGUGUAAUAUGCACUGAACGUUAGAAUGGCAGCCAUAUUGUAUAUUGUCUGUUUAAACAUGCAUUUUUAAACAUGGAAAGAGUUAAGUGACUUAAGUUCAUCCAACUUACGCUAAGUGUUUACAGUAAGCAGGGGUGAACUGCUUUUUAAUUUAGUGUAAACAGAGAGUGCAUCGGUGACACCAUAACUGCGUUAUGGGACAACUCAGGGACAUGCCUUGAUUGGGCAGCUACGGGGAGCUAAUGGGAUGUUAUUAUAUAAAGGAAAUUAAAAGACCUGUCCCCAUCCUACUUGACGACGCUGGACAGGUGAGAAGGGUCAGUCUAUCUUCUGUAGCCUUAGAUUGACAGCUCUUAAAGUCCAUUAUUUAUCUUAUAGGGUGUUUGGUGUGUUUAAAUCAUUUUUACACUGUGUACUUGUUAAGUUGUCUCUUUUUGAAGCCCCUAUAUUUAGAGGUCACCAUCUAUUAGGAAACCUUUUAUUAUCUCUUCUGAAAAUAUAGACUCCACACUUUCAGAGUGUCUAUGAAGUAAGUCUCCAAGAUGCUUCAAAACUCAAAACCCGAUUCUGGAAGAUGGCAACGCAUAGUGAGGAUUGUAGUGGAACAACGUCUUAGAAUCUACUUUUUGGGAACCCCUCGCCUAGACUAGUGUUCAAGUUUUUUUUCCUGCUUAAUGUCUUUAAUAUUUCACCUUUGUUAAUCUGGCUGCAUAAUUUCUCAUCUCGUUUAUUUUUUUUUUCUAGAAUACAUUUUUGCGUUUCUCCGUAAGCUUGUGUUGGACCAAUGUGUGUUGUCCAUAAUGGUCUAGGCUUGAAUAUAGUUUGAACCUGGCAUCUACAGGUCUUGACGCACUAACUGUAAGAAACUUUUAGAAUUUACCUACAUUCCCAGUCAAAGUGAUCCACUAUGGAGAAUAGAUAUUUUUUUCUUUCAAUGUUAUAGUGAAAUGUUUAAAUUUCUCUGGAUUGGACCCUACUCCCCUCACUCCCCCCCGCCCCCCCCCAAAAAAAAACUGUAUUUUUUUUAAACAAUACAAUUAAAAAUCUCCUUGUGGUAUCUGGCUCCAUCCUCCCUUACUGAACUUACAGGGAAACGUAACACCAAACUAGAAUCUAAUCGUAUUAUAUGACGAUUAAUCUUGUUUUGGCAAUUAAUAGAUUUUGAAUUCUAACCGUUUCGUCACCUGUUUGAAAUCACUGUCAUCUGAUAUUACAUGUCCCCAGACGUGUGUACUGAACCCCAAAUACUUCGAACAAAUGAUAACAUUGCUAUCAAAUUUAAAUCCUCCUCUGGUUUAUCAUUUUUAUAUUAUCACUUUAAGGGAGCAGAGUACCCCACCAUUUUCAGGAAUCAGGGAAGCAAAUUGCAAUUCUCGUCAAUUUCGGUGCAAUGUAUUAGCAGCAUUACCUAUUUAAGUGUGAUUUAUUUUUUAUUACUCAUUUUUUAUUUUUACUUUUGUCCAAGUAUUAUUCUCAUGCCAAGGAUUCACUAAGUAAUCCUGUUAACGGAACAAGAAAUGAGCGUAUGGUUUUUCUAUUAAUUUAUUUAUAAUCACAAUUUUUUUAAGACCAUUUUAGAAAUCUACACAAGCCUUUUUUUUCUUUCUUGAUAUUUUCCAUCACUAAACGUUGAAAAUAUUACAGCAUGGUUAAUGCAUUUGUUACGCACACUGAUUUGUUUCCAAAAUCUUGUCCGAGCACCAUGAACCUCUGUUAAUGUGCAUUGUUUUUGGUUGUUAAAGGUUUAUGGAUAUUGCAUUCCAUUAAAGAACAGUCCUCUAAAUUUUAUAACCCUUUGCUCUAUUAUUAUGAUACCAUCUUAUCCUUCGCUUGACAAUACCAGUUAAAUUCUGCCAAGUUCACCUUUUUGAGUAUUCACAGAAAUGUUGAUCCUAAAAUUGAUCUUCCAAGGUUAUAGAGGAUGACCUUUCCGUUCCUCUCUCCUGAAUUACAAAGAAAAUGGACCAUGUUAAAUAAAGAUCUGCAAAGAAGCCUCCUCAAUUUUCAUAACUUUCUGCAGAAUCGUUUAUAUAACUAUAUUUUAAUUUUUUUUUUUAAUGUAGAUUGGUUAUAGUCUGUUUUUAAUUCUAUUAUUUAUCUCAAUAUGGCCUCCUAGAAAUGCCUUUUUAGAGAGAUGACCUCUAGAAUGUAUGAAAUAUAAAGUUCUUACAAUGUUAAGUCAAAAGAAGACCUUUCAUUUUUCUGGAGGACACGAGAACUAGUUUGAAAAUGCUCUAGAUCAGAGGUGCCCAAAAGGUAGAUCUCGGAUGUUUUAAAACUACAACUACCAUGAUGCUUUGUCCUUCUAAAGCAUUCUAAAGACACACAAAGCAUGAUGGGAGUUGUAGUUCUACUAUACCUGGGGAUCUACGUUUUGGGCAUCUGAAAUCUGAAUUGUAAACGUCAUGCUAAAAACCUUAAUCUGAAAACUCAAUAAAAACAUACAAUUGAAAAGAAUAUCUUGCUAAAUUAGCCAAGCUGUGAUUGCAUCAUGGUUUGUUUUGGUUGUUUUUUUCCCAGAUCAGUUUACUUUGCCUAAAUUUUGCAAUUUAGAUUUACAUUUCCUGGAUCAUAAUGCAUAAUUCUUGUAACUUUUCUACAAAUGUUAACAUUAUCACUACUUGAAGAUUUUGUUUUAAAAUAAAAAUAUCCCACCCUUAUAUUUGUAAAUCUUUUUAGCUGAUCAGUAAGUUCGUUUUAUAUUUAAAUGAGGGUUCAUUGAUACAGUAAAUGCAGAAUGCAAUGUGUGCAGGUUCAGGAAAGGUUUAUUGCAGGGUUACGGAGCUCAUUGUAUUGCCAAAUUGAUGAAAAUCAGUAUAGUUUGAUAACCCAGCCUGCUUUUUUUUUUUUUAGAUGCUUACGUUAAGAGACAGGUAUUAUAUUCCUCUUGUAAAGUGGUGUAAACAAUUUCGAGAUUGACUGACUGAUAUCGCUUAGACCUCUGUUUAUACAACAACUUGUGAAAAUUGCUAACACUUAAAAAAAAGAACCAGUUUAUUUGUAGAUUAACAAAACUCCAAGACAAGCAAUUAAACUAUCAAUGUCCCCAGUGCAUGCGCGCAGAGUUGGUCAUGGUCAAAGUAACAUAAUAAAGCACGAGGAUCAAUCAAAAGCUAGGAAAAACUUUAAAAUCACAUAUUUGGCCUUCUCUAGUCAAGUUACGUCUGUAGAUUACUAUGAAAGAGAGGUUUCCUCUCCGUCCAAUAUUUUAAUUCAGGUUUUUUCACUGCCUUUCAGGAAUCGCCACAUAAUUAUUUUCUCAGCAACUAAUUUAAAGUUUAAGUUGUGGUGAUACAUGUUCUACGUGCUAUUUUUUUUAAAUAUCAUUUUAUAAAUGUCUGUUUCUUCUUGCAGCUCAGGAUUCGGGAAAUCCUUCACCUCUUUUCCCCCCUGUGGCGCCAUCCUAUAUUGCACCCCAAAGAGGACUGCCCGAGGUGAGACUCCUGGAACAAAAUCUGUAAAUACUCUAUUGAUUAAAAAAAUCCUACCUCUUUACUGUCGUUGUUGCUAAUCCUGUGAUUAUCCACCAUAAUGUAUUUUUUUUUUUUUUUGAGGAAUAAAUAUUCAAAAGACCCCUCUACUCUGGAAAUAUAAUUCUGAUUGUCCGUUCGGAUUCUAAAAUGUUGCCGGUAGAAGUUCAGAAUAUUCUGAACGCUAUCCAACAAUAAGAUAUAUAUUUUUUUUUAAAUCCAUUUUUUUUUAACCAAAAAAAAAACUAUCAUUAUAAAUAACAUUUUUUUUAACGCAAUAUUUAGAUAAGAAAAAAAAAAUGUUUUAAAAAUAAAAAAGAUGAGAUAAAGUGUUCGAAACUAAAGAAGAUAUCUUCCACAUCAGGAAGAGGAUCCACGAAUCCAGAAUCUUUCAUUCCAGGCUAAUCUUAUACCGUAAAGCCAAGUUUGACAAAAGUAAAACAGACAUCUAGAAGAGGGAAUUCUGGCUUACAAAGCGAUGGAAAUAUAUAUAUAAUUUUUUUUUUUAAUAAUGCCCUUUGUGCUUUGACCUUUAAACCUUUACACAUCACUGUCUUGAGGUCAUUUUGUUUCUAGACGGUACUGACCCUUGACUAAAACGUGAAACGUGUCACUACCAUUUGGCCAUUUAGCCCAAUUAUAGGUAUGACCGUUUUAAUACUUACCAUGUCUUGAUUUUUUUAUUUAUUUUUUUACAUGAGUUUUUAUCCCAGAAAAUUCUUGCAGUCUCUGCUUCAGGCCCGCAUAAAGUGGUUUAUACAUGAAUGAAUGUAUAGAAUUUCAGGUUUAGCCAGAUUAGUGUAGUGUACUUGCCAUCUUCCUCCUCCUCCUUCUGUCUUUCCACCAGUAAAUCUUUAAAAAAGGGGGGGGGAGGCAACGGAACUUUAAUUUUUUCAUUUACUGAUGCAACGGCUUAUUGGGGGCUCUCUUGGUCUCUAAAACGAACUCCUGGCCCUAUAACAAUUUUGUGCAAGGUGGAGGGUCAAAGGAGGGUCUAGGGUCUAGAAGGAACAAGAGAAAGGAAGUGAUGCCCACAUACAAAUAUUUUUUCUACAAGGUGUGUAUGUAUACAUAUACCAUAACCAUUUACUACAUUUACAAUGUAGUAGUCAUACAAUUCAGAUGUGUGUAUUUUUUUUGUUUUUUUGGGGGAGGGUAGGAGUGGGGGAGGGGGCAGUAGUUUGUUUUUUUAUUUAUUUAUUUUUUUAAUUAUUUUUUUAUGGGUUAGAUGUUAUAUUCAAUAUAAAUUCUAAGUUGUCCAUUGUUGCUCAUUUUAUUCACAAUACAGUUGUAAUAUCUUCCAUAACGACCAAUUAAACUAUUUAUUUAUUUUUGCUGUGAUUCUUUUCGUUACUGACUUUAUACUGUACUAGAGUAGAGUGUUGUGCUUGUUAAACAGGUAACAGCACUGUGGAUCCCUGCUGCCACUAAAUGAAUGGAUUAUUCAGUUUUGGUCCUUAAAGGGUGAACGAGUGGCGUACCAUGUCUUUUACAUGUAGGUGAGCACUCUGCAGAGUACCGUCUUAAUGCAGGGUGCAGGAACAUAUAGUCUGAAGUAUAGACUUACCUGAAGUGGGUUGGCCUAAUAUUAAGAAACACCCACUCUGCUCCUGCAGCACUUAAAAAGAAUUAUAUUCAUGAACUCAUUUUAUUAUGAGCUAUACAUCCCUUGUUGCCAUUCUGGUUUUAUUAGAACUUUGAAUUAUGAUUUAAAUUUUAUUUAUAAUAUAUAUAUUUUUUUUUUAAAUAUAUAUUUUUUGUCUUUUUCUGUUUUUUUUAUGUAUUUGUACAGUUCUAAUGAAUGCCCCAUUGAUUUAGAAAUCAUUUUUAUGUGUUUUUUUUUUUUGCCAUAUAUUUCUUUGCUACAUUUUAUACACAAAAUAGGUGUCACACGUUACACUGUAUUCUAUGAGCCAAUCUGAAUAAUCUCAAUCAACACCCUAAUGAUAUAUUUGAGUAACUAGGUAUAAGAAUGGUAUCAGAACAUUUUCUUCUGUCUUUUUUGCAAUGGUUCCAUUUCCCCUAAAACCCUUGUGAUUCAAAUAUGACCUCUUGCUUCCCACUUUUGAGCCAAUGCCAUGUUCCUUUCAUCCAAAAUUCUACUUUUUUCAGCUUUUCUUUAUUGCCAUGACUGUUCAGAUCUUCCCAACAAUUUAUUUCUAUUACGUUUUUUCGAACUUCUUUCACACCCCAGUCUUCUAUUUCAACAAUCCUAUAUCUUCAUUAACACUUGUAUAAUCCAUCCCUAUUUCUAAUUUUUCUAAUUUCUCGGCUUCAUUAAUCUUUCCACCUUGCUACUGUCAAUCAUCCAGUUAAUAUUCUAUGUCCUUCUCUUUCUCCAGCUGUACGUAGAGCUGCAGGAGUUAAUAAUGGACACCAACAAGGAACAUCGUUGGGUGGAGGCUGCACGAUGGUUGAAAGCCGAGGAAGAUUACCAAGAGAAAAACCAGCAGUGGGGAAAACCUCACAUCUCCUACCUCACUUUCCGCAGCCUCUCGGAGCUACGUCGGGUUUUUAAGAAAGGUUUGCUCUUAGUUCUGUUUUCUCAACCUCAACACUUUGAUACAAAGGUAUCAAAGUGUCGAACUUGCCAAGAAAGUUCCAAGUUCUUUUCAUGGUGUCCCACAUCCUGGGCAGUCCCUAUCUAGAACCAUACACAGUCAUGGAAUAAGUAGAUGCAGUUGUAUUGGUUGCCCAAUUUGGUAUGGGGAUGCAUAGGCCCAAACCUUGGACAGGAGAACUUAUGCCGAGUGAGGCUUGGUAUUUGUAGAACAUUUCCACAGCUACAGGCUUAGAAACGUAGAUGGACCUAAGUGGCAAAUGCACGUGUGGUCGUUUAGUUGAAUAAUUUAAAGGGUUACUUCCAAGCACCAUGACCACUUCAGUGAUUUGAAGUGGCUAUGGUGCCUGGAGUUUGUAUUUGCAGUGUUUCACUUUGGAACUCUGAAGAUACAUAGUUUAACUCUUUAGCUGCCGGAGUUCUAACUCCACCUCCAGCAACAUCAUAGGAGUGUUAUUACUACAUUGAAAAAUGCAGGGAAUUUCAAACUUAAGGCCAAAAUAGCUGAACUGGAAAAAUUCUCCUCCUUUAGCUAAACUUUCAGUUUGGCUACUUUGGCCUUAAAUUUGAAACUCAUUUUGAAUUCCGUUUGAAUUCCCAACAGCUCUCAUUUUAGUACAUAGAAACAUAGAAUGUGACGACAGAUAAGAACCAUUCAGCCCAUCUAGUCUGCCCAAUUUUCUAAAUACUUUUUAGUCCCUGGCUUUAUCUUAUAGUUCGUAUAGCCUUAUGCCUAUCUCACGCAUGCUUAAAUUCCUUUACUUUGUUAACCUCUGCCACUUCAGCUGGAAGGCGAUUCCAUGCAUCCACUACUCUCUCAGUAAAGGGAUACUUCCUGAUAUUAUUUUUAAACCUUUUCCCCUCUAAUUUAAGACUAUGUCAUCUUGUUGUGGUAGUUUUUCUUCUUUUAAAUAUAGUCUCCUCCUUUACUGUGUUGAUUCCCUUUAUGUAUUUAAAUGUUUCUAUCAUAUCCCCCUGUCUCGUCUUUCCUCCAAGCUAUACAUGUUAAGAUCCUUUAACCUUUCCUGGUAAGUUUUAUCCUGCAAUCCAUUAACCAGUUUAGUAGCCCUUCUCUGAACUCUCUCUAAAGUAUCAAUAUUCUUCUGAAGAUACGGUCUCCAGUACUGCGUACAAUACUCCAAGUGAGGUCUCACCAGUGUUCUGUACAAUGGCAUGAGCACUUCCCUCUUUCUACUGCUAAUACCUCUCCCUAUACAACCAAGCAUUCUGCUAGCAUUUCCUGCUGCUCUAUUACAUUGUCUGCCUACCUUUAAGUCAUCAGAAAUAAUCACCCCUAAAUCCCCUUCCUCAGAUGUUGAGGUUAGGACUCUAUCAAAUAUUCUGUACUCUGCCCUUGGGUUUUUACGUCCAAGAUGCAUUAUCUUGCACUUAUCCACAUUAAAUGUCAGUUGCCACAGUUCUGACCAUUUUUCUAGUUUACCUAAAUCAUUUUCCAUUUGGCUUAUCUCUCCUGGAACAUCAACCCUGUUACAAAUCGUAGUAUCAUCAGCAAAAAGGCAUCUUACCACCAAGACCUUCUGAAUAACCUGGCUUUCUUAACACUCUGUGGCCUUAAGAUUCUUAUCACUCUGCGGCAUCCCUAAGAGACCAUCGUACUUCUUCUUGCAGGUACGGUACUUCUGGACCUUGAAGAAAAGACUCUCCCAGGAAUCGCCAGCCAAGUUAUCGAUCAGAUGAUUUACGAAGAACAUUUAAAACCUGAUAACCGGGAAGAGGUCCUACGAGCCCUUCUCCUGCAACACACGUAAGUUGUGGGAAAGACAUGCGAUUUGGAUAUGUUGAAUUCCAUGUAUAUUAACCAUAAACAAACUGGAUACAAAAUCAGGGUCUGACAUUGUAAAAGAAGAGGAGAAAUAGAAACGUUGUUUCAUUCCCACAACUCUCUAUAUGCCGACUUAUCAUGUGCAAGGGGUGGAGCUUGAUUGUCAGGGAGCCAAGCCUGGGUGGAGGCACCCAGUUGCAGGAUAAAAAGAUGGAGUUCUCUACAUUUAAUUUUAUUUUUUACAAUUACCAGCAAUCCCUGCUUCAUCAAUGUGUCUCCAUAUACACUGCACCUUCAUUCUAUAGAAAUGAUAGCUAUAGCAUAGGUAUACAGGAUCAAUAAAGCAAUACUACAACUCCUAUCAUCCCAGGACAAGGAUUAAGAUCGCACAGGGUCCAAGGUAGUUUAGGGGCCCUCCCCUAUAUUCUUCACAUUGGGAUGGUAAAUGGAACCAAGCAAAUUAAUGGACCCCUGUCUAACCCCUGGGCCAUAGGCAGCCGUCUCUAAUUGUCUUAUUGUUAAUAAUGCACUAACAAGCCCCUUACUAUACACUGUAUACACAUACACUAAUAAAAGGUUCCCUUUUUUUAAACUGUUGUGAAUUCACACACACAUCACGCAAAGAGUUACUUAAUUGAUUAAUCGCUGGCAAUUUUAUUUUACAGCCAUCCCGAAGAAGGGCUUAAAGGAGACGUUGAGAGUAAGCAAGCAUUACUUCAGAUUGAGAUGAAAACUGUUACUGCUAAGGUAAUGGUCUUGAUAAGAAACUUAAAUAAAUUGCAUGGGUAUAUUUUAUAUUUAAAGUGUGUUUUUGUUGUUGCUCCUAGCAGUUCUGUAUUAUAUUAUAGUAAUAUAUGAGGGCCAGGAUUAGAGUAGGCAGCAGCCGAUAAGAUAAAGAUUUUAAAUUCAAGAACUGAUCCACUCUCUCUCCUGCCAAUACACUAUCUCCACGCCCCAGUUUACCACCGCUAUGCCCAAUCCGCAGUUUCUAUAGUCUACAAUAUAAUCUGCGCCAGGUUCACGAAAAAACGCUCAUAUGGAUCCACAGAAUCAGUGAAGCCCAAACCCUCAAUAAAAAUAAAACCUUAACUGUGUAAUGGGGUCUUAACAUUCCAAGUCCUAUGCUGCCAGCCAGGCCUGGAACGUUACUACCCACUUCAAGCCUGGAGGUUCUAUGGUACAUUAAAUUUUUAGUUCUGUUGUAAUAAUCAAAUAUUAUACAUAUGAUAAUGAUAAAAAAAAUAAUAAUAUAUAUAUAUAUAUAUAUAUAUAUAUAUAUAUAUAUAAACAAACAGUGGUAUAGGAGUAACUUAGCAAGUUAGACUGUGAAAAUUGACGCGUUUCACAACACUCAAGUUGCUUAUUCAUAAGCAGUGUGGAUAAGUACACUGUGGUGCUAAAUGCGUCCAGGUUUAUGAUCUAACUUGCUGUAGGUGAGUUACCCCUACACCACUGUUUGCUCCUUUGGAUUUUUUGUAUUUUAUAUAUUUUUUUUAGAUAUUACACAUGUAAUGUUUAAUUUGAAUUGAGGAAUUUCGCUUCACUGUUUCAGUGGAUCUACUUAAUCUAGCUGUUUUUCAUGCAUUGACUAGUUCUUGGGUUGGAACUUCGAGUUGCAGGUGGAUUAGGUAUGGGGUAAUAUUAGAUUUAUUUUGUCAAUGUAUUUCCUGUUGUAUAUUUUGUUACUUAUGAGUCUAUCACUAGGAGACCAGAAGUUGGGUAGUGUUAAGCAUAAGUAUAUCUUGUAUGUACAUUCUACUAAUUUCCUGCUAUGUUGUUAUCUAUGUAUUUUACCCAUUAAAUUGCCCCAUAUCCUGACAUAUAAGGUUACACUUUUGCCAUUUUACUUUUAAGAUCGCAAUAGGGCAAUGUUAUAAAAUGGUAAUUUGAUUUUAAUCCUUGUUGUUCUGCUAUACCCAAUAGGGAAAUGCGUUGGCAGACAGAGUGCCAGAAGGUGCAGAAGCCUCCGUAGUCCUUGUGGGUAAGUGGGAAAUAAAUAAAUACUGUGUGCACAUGUAUAUAUAGAAUACAUAACAAUGAACUGUGUAUUAUGGAAAAUAAUACAACUGAACAGACAUAGAGACAUCUUAAUAAAGACUGAAAUUAAAGAAUGAGUAAUUUAGAAAUGUCUCCAGACUUCGUUUUAUCUAAUGCAUCGUUUAUAUUACAUUAUAUUUUUAGGCUACGGUUCGUGUAGGAGUUAGGAGUUAACGUUCGGGUUAGCAAAUGGCUAAUACAGUUUAUAGACUGUAAGCUCGUUCGAGCAUGGUCCUCAUCUACCAAUUGUUCCUGUGUAAUUGUCUCAUUUAUUGUAAAAUGUCCCCCUUUCAUAAUAUUGUAAAGUGCUGCGGAAUUAGCUGGCGCUAUAUAAAUACCAAGAUGAUGAUGAUAAUAAUAUUGGUUAUUUUUAAUGGUUAGUGUUAUGGUAGUUUUAUUGGAAACAUAAAAAUUAAUACAUACAAGUGUGCUCGACCUAUACAUCCCUAAAAUAUGAUUUAUUUAUGUUUUUUAUACAAAUGCCUAAAUCUCAAUUAAUCCUUCACCCCGCUUCCCAUCCCCCUGUAUCUAUGAAGUACUUUGGACUCUAGAUUUAUUUUCAAUACUUUUAUAUGAGAGGCAUUUGCUUGGGCAAGACACAGCACUAACAGAGUUAAGUUCUGGGCAAAAAAGAGGGGGGGUGGAAUCUUCAUCAGCUUUGCACUGCAUCUAAAGAAAGGAAAGCUUUAGUGAUUAGGAAAUAUUUUAAGCAGAAAACUCUGAGAAAAGGCAAAGCUCAGAUAAACAUCAAUAGCUUGACCCCAGACAAUCGUUGCGGCCUUCUUUGGGCUUCAUCAGUGAGAUGUAGCUGAUACCCCUAUAGGCACAGGGUCCACAUUUGGAUUACCCCUUUUAACUUAAGGAGAGUCUAAAGAAUUUUUUUUGCCGAUUUAUUAUUUGUUAUAACGAAUACAUCGAUAUUGGGAUUUAGAGUUUAGAGUUUCCCUUAAAGGAUGUUUUUGUGACUCGAGGGCCAGUUCUUAUCUUUAACUUCUCUAUUGUUUGGCAAGUUACCAAACAAGAAAAUCGAGAAAAACAACUCUUCAUUGGUCCUAAAUGGAAACCAGAAUAGAAUCCUCUAUGUCUCAUUCUCUAAUAAAUGUGAGUUUGGUCUACUACCUGUCACCCAAUGGCCAUUAAUUCUUUAUUAUAUGAGAAGGCUUUGUGGCACCAUUCACGUGUGUGUGUGUGUGUGUGUGUAUGUAUAUGUGUGUGUGUGUAUGUGUAUAUAUAUAUAUAUAUAUAUAUAUAUAUAUAUAUAUAUAAUUUUUUUUCUCCCAUAUAUUGUUUACAUAUCUGGUAUUGAACACUAUACAAUCCUUUAUUGGAUGGUUUUAAUAGUGCACAACUUUGUGUUUUAUUUUAUUGUAUUCUACUAAAUACUAUUUACGAUCAAUUUAGGAAUGAGUGCCAUAUGUUUUGAAGUUGUUGGUAUAUAGGCUUACAGGCUUAAAGGAACACUAGGGUCAGGGACACAAACAUGUAUUCCUGACCCUAUACUGUUAAAACCAUAAUUAAGGUGGCUUGCCCUUCCUUACCCCCAUUAAAAGGUAAUAAAACUUACCUUAUUUAAUUCACCUGCGAGUCCGCCGGCGCUUGCCCCAACCCUGAUCUGCCUCCUUGGCUGACCUAAUCAGACUUGAUAAGCUUUGUAUUGGCUGAGAUUGAGAAGUGGUGUGUGGGCGGGGCCAAACGCCAGCCUGGCCAAACAAUGCAUCUCUAUGGGGAAAGUUCAGCGUCUCCAUGUAGAGUGUGUAGACUGUGAACGUCAGUGCUGCACACUGCGCUGCACUGCCCCAGGAAGCACCUCCAGUAGCUAUCUGAGGAGUGGCCACUGCAGGUGUCCCAAGGGCUGUAAUGUAAACACUGCCUUUUCUCUGAAAACACAGUGUUUACAGCAAAAUGCCUGCAUGGACUGAAUAUACUCAACAGUGUCCCUUUAAUAUUUCAAGAGGAUACGGUCACAGCUAAGUACUAAGGUUGAUAUUUAGUACCUGUUCAUACCCUUUAUUCUGAAGUCAUGUUUGGACUUAUUCACUCAAGAACUGAAUUGAUUAGGUUUAGUCUCCUUGUUUUUGUUGUCAUUCAUUUUCCUUCUUCCACAGGUGGUGCUAGAUUCUUAGAGAGUCCAACUGUGGCGUUUGUACGCCUGAAGGAAGCUGUGCACCUGGAGUCUGUCCUUGAAGUUUCUAUACCAAUCAGGUUCCUCUUCAUCCUUCUGGGACCUGAGCACCCCAAUAUUAGUUACCAGGAUGUGGGGAAAGCUGUAUCUAGCAUGAUGGCAGAGAGGGUAAAUACUGGAUGGCAUUUAAUAUUUCCUACAAUAAGUCUGUGACUCAGCUUCAUGCUAAUUCCUUAUUCUUAUAGUCAAAUAACAAAAUCCAAGUUACUCCAUAUAACCUCUCCCUAAAACUCCUAUUACUCCAUAAAACCUCUAUCUAUAACUCCUCCUGUUACUCCAUAUAACCUCUCUCUAUAACUCCAUAUAACCUCUCCCUAUAAAUCCUCCUAUUACUCCAUAUAACCUCUCCCUAUAACUCCUCCUAUUACUCCAUAUAACCUCUCUCUAUAACUCCUCCUAUUACUACAUAUAACCUCUCUAUAACUCCUCCUAUUACUCCAUAUAACCUCUCUCUAUAACUCCUCCUAUUACUCCAUAUAACCUCUAGCUAUAACUCCUCCUAUUACUCCAUAUAACCUCUCUCUAUAACUCCUCCUAUUACUCCAUAUAACCUUUCCCUAUAACUCCUCCUAUUACUCCAUAUAACCUCUCCCUAUAACUCCUCCUAUUACUCCAUAUAACCUCUCUAUAACUCCUCCUAUUACUACAUAUAACCUCUCUAUAACUCCUCCUAUUACUCCAUAUAACCUCUCUCUAUAACUCCUCCUAUUACUCCAUAUAACCUCUCUCUAUAACUCCUCAUAUUACUCCAUAUAACCUCUCCCUAUAACUCCUCCUAUUACUCCACAUAACCUCUCUGUAUCUCCUCCUAUUACUCCAUAUAACCUCUCCCUAUAACUCCUCCUGUUACUCCAUAUAACCUCUCCCUAUAACUCCUCCUGUUACUCCAUAUAACCUCUCCCUAUAACUCCUCCUAUCACUCCAUAUAACCUCUCUCUAUAACUCCUCCUAUUACUCCAUAUAUCCUCUCCCUAUAACUCCCCCUAUUACUCCAUAUAACCUUUCUCUAUAACUCCUCCUAUUACUCCAUAUAACCUCUCUCUAUAACUCCUCCUGUUACUCCAUAUAACCUCUCUCUAUAACUCCUCCUGUUACUCCAUAUAUCCUCUCCCUAUAACUCCCCCUAUUACUCCAUAUAACCUCUCUCUAUAACUCCUCCUGUUACUCCAUAUAACCUCUCUCUAUAACUCCUCCUAUUACUCCAUAUAUCCUCUCCCUAUAACUCCUCCUGUUACUCCAUAUUUUCGUCACUCUUUAUAAUUGUUUUAAUUCCACCUAUUACCUGAUAUAAUCUCUAUCAAUAAUUUUCUUAUUUUUUUUCAUAUAUUUUCUGCCUGUAGGUCUUUACCUUUCCUCACCUAUUUGUCAUUAUUCCCGUUAUACUCUGCAGUCACAUUUCUUUCCCUGUAUUUUCUCAGGUCUUCCGUACUGACAUGUACCUUGCUGGUGGACGUCAAGACCUUGUUCAUUCUAUUGAAGAGUUCUUGGAUUGUUGCAUAGUUAUUCCCCCUACGGACUCUCCUAACGAGCAGCUACUCAAGGAACUGGUGCCAUUGCAAAUGAACAUGCUCAGGAAGCGAUACCAAGAUAUUAAAGUGGUACCAGGUGGACACAAGCAAGGUAGAGUCCAUUCUUUGUCCCCUUGAUGCCCCAUUUUUCAUCCCCUUAAUGCCCCGUUACUCUUGAGAAAGCAAUUCCAAAUGAUUCUCCAUUUUCUAUACAACCUUAUUUUCUGCCCUAUUUAAUUUUGUGUUGUAGGCUGCUGUACUUUCUUUCUCUCCACUUUUUUUUUUGUAAAUAUAUUGGUCAAAGGAGAAACAUGUAGAGAACUACAAUGCGAUAGAGAUUAAGGAAGAGCACACAGACCCAAAACAAAAUCCAGUUUUAAAUUUCACAAAGCUUAAGUUAACAUUGCCUACCUUAGCUAACAAAUAUAGGGAUUUGGUUACACCAUAUGGCCGUAUUGUGUGGUGUAACUAAAUCCUCAUAUUUGUUUGCUGACAUAGAUUAUUUUAAGUAGGUUUUCAAAAUGUAAAACUUGAUUCUAUUGUGUGCACGCUGUACCUUAAUCUGUAUUAUGUAUAUAUUUUGUUUUUUAGAACAGAGGUAGUACCACUGCUGAGAAAUGCAUGUUCUUGGUGUGGCAUCCAUUUUUUUUUUACUAAUCAGGUUCAUGAAUAGUAGCUCCAAGUAGAGAAUCUGCUCCAUUCAAGUGCAUGCGGUCUUAACAUCCAACCUUCUUCCUGGGUGCAAUCUGGUCUUUGCCAUUUAAUGUCUCCCAUUAUCGCUAUUAAAUAUAUUCUUGUUUGUCUCGCCUUCUUUCACCAUUCUCUUCCUCUUCUCGACCUCCCAACUCCCAUCCACAUUUGCAAAUGUCUCCUUUCUUUAUAUUGAUCCUUCUCACUUUUCCACAUUCAUCCAUUUCUACCUACAGUGUUUUUGUUGUUGUUGGUUGUUCUUGUUUUGUUUACAAUUUCUUUUCAUUUUAAAAACCGAACCUUUUCGUAGCUCCAGUUUUCUAGCCCAGAAUUGGAUGACUCACCUCCUAAUUCAUGUCCUCUUCCUUCAAAGAUUUAAAGAACAAAGAGGAGCCUCCAGAAGACCCUUUGCAACGAACCGGCAAGCCUUUUGGAGGUCUCGUACGUGACAUUCGUCGUCGAUACCCAAAAUACCUAAGCGAUAUCCGUGAUGCACUUAAUCCCCAGUGUCUAGCUGCUUUCAUAUUUAUCUACUUUGCUGCCCUCUCACCCGCCAUUACAUUUGGAGGUUUAAUGGGUAAGUGCUUGGUGUUGAUAAAAUCUUCACUGGUUACUCCUUGCCUUCGGAAGAAUAUGAACUGUAUAGCUUUGUAUGGUUGGUCUAUUAUAAAGUUGCUGUUAUAAGAUUAAUUUAGAUAACGUAUUCCACAAAUUAAUAUCUUUAAAAACAUUAGAAGAAUGUAAAGUUUCAUGACAUGAUCAUAGAUCUUCCCUGGAUAUGAUACAAGAUUGUGGGUCAACUGGAGAUUUGUAACAAUUAGAAGUGCAAAAGACUAGGUGGGCCAAGAAGGUCAUAUGCUACCUAAUUCAAUAUUCAAAUCACAUCCGUUUCUUUCUUGAAUAAAAGUCAAUUUAUUCGCUAAGCUGGCUGCCCAUCUUUCGCUGCUUUUAGAAUAUAGUACGAUUCCUAUUUGUUUAUUUUUUUUUUUAUAGUUUGUCUCACUUUACACUUCUUUUACAUUUGGAAGUUCGAUUACCUCUUGUCAUAUAACCCUGUUUGUCAGUAUUUAGUCUUCUCUGUAUCUGUUUCUUUAGCUCAAAAGACCCAGAACUGGAUGGGUGUGUCUGAAUUAAUGGUGUCCACAGCCGCACAGGGAAUUCUCUUUUGUCUUCUUGGUGCCCAACCUCUUCUCAUUCUCGGGUUUUCUGGACCUCUACUUGUUUUUGAAGAAGCUUUUUUCAAGGUAUCUAUUUGUCUUUUAGUCAUUGGGAUUGUGCGGAACUCUCCACUCACCUUCAACAUAAUUUUAAUUGACGUUUAUUGCAAUUAUGACCAAAGAAAAUGAUAAGGGAAAGUUAAACUGGGACUUUUACAGAGGUAGAAGUGGGGGCAAUGUGACACCUGAUGGCUUACAGACCAAAAAUAGAAUAAAGAAGAUAGGAGUAAUACGUCUGAUUUACCAUUGCUUCUAUUAUUUUUCCACAAGUUCUGUGAAAGUCAAGGCAUUGAGUACAUCGUGGGGCGAGUGUGGAUCGGCUAUUGGCUAAUCUUGAUUGUGAUAAUAGUGGUGGCCUUUGAAGGCAGCUUUUUGGUCCGCUUCAUUUCAAGGUUUACGCAGGAGAUCUUCUCAUUCCUUAUCUCGCUCAUCUUUAUCUAUGAGACCUUUGCCAAUCUCUACAAGGUAAGCAUAAUGCCUGUGAGCUUAAUUAAUUGUGAGCACUGUAAAUAGCAGAUUCUGCACUGUAGUGUAAGUCCCAAUGACAAAUUAAGAUCCCACAGGGUCCUAGGCAGGCUGCCAAUUUGGGCACCUUGUUCAUUCCUCACUUAGGGAUGGUGUAUGGGGACAAUUAAAUUACUGGUUCUGGGAUCCCUGUCUGACUCUUGAGCCACAGGCAACCCCUUAUGUUUCGUUAAUCUUGCUCGGGUAACUGCCAACAAUCUCUGGCAGACUGGGAAUCCAAGAACUGACCAUGACAGUAGUCAUAACCCUUAUUACAAGAAAAAAAAUAUCAUAUGUAAUGAAAAGGGAUACACUAAAGUAUGAAUUCAAGAAAAAAAUUAUAUCUCUGGGUUCUGAAGAUUUUCAUAAACGACAUAACCUUCUUUGUAUAUUAUGAUAUCUCCAAAAUCUCUCAAUGGCAUUAUUUUCCCAUAAUACAUGGUUUACUGUUACAUAUAAAAAUGUAUAGUAUAUAUUUAUAUACUUUUUAUUAAAAUACACAAACCAUUAGGGGAACACCAAGCACGAGCCUCACUAUCUCCCAAAUCCAGUGUAGGCAACAAUUGCUCACCGCCUCACUCACGCACUGCUAGAUGCCCACUCAGGUACGUAUAGGCUCCCAACAAUCCUAACACUAAAGCGACACAUUAUUUACAGGGCAGCUACUCAAAACCCCUACAGCCCACUCCUCACCACCCAGGGUCUUCACAGCCCCACAGAACACCAAAGAUCCCAAUCAGAUCUCUCCAGUAGGAUCUCCGGCACAAGAUCUAGUAGCUACUAAGAUGCAAAACGCCCAGCGACACACCUUAACACUAAAGGUACAUAGCAAGUACCAGAGAUACAGCUCACAGCCUGAUUUACAGCUCCCAUAAUACAAUUCGAGCUCAGACAGCUAGAGGUCCGGCUCAACCAGUUAAAGCUAUGGUAACACGAUUGUACUACUGUUUCUUAGAUUUUAUUUUUUUUUUUUGUCCCUUUUUAAUCCCCAUACACAUUGUCUUACCCAGUGGUAUUUGUGGCCUAUAACUACUGUAUUUUGGCCCCAACCCAGCGGCAUGAAAGCAUGUUGUUGCUUUUCGACCCACACACUUAUACACGGGGCAACCUUCACCAGCAGCCACAUAGCUUGCAACCUAACAUUAAGGCCCAUAUCUACCCAACAGGCUUCCCAUGUUACGAAAUGUGUAAAUUGCCUGAACGAUAACCCGUUUAUAUACAAUCCUAAACUAACAUAUAAUCCAGAAGCUGGUUAUACUUGUGAAGUAUGCUCUUAUUAUAAUACUACUCCUUUUUCUUUUUCUUUUUUCUCUUUUUUCAAUACCAAAAAUGCCAGUGCAAAUACCUGUCUUGUACCAUUCUUACCUGCUUAUCUUCUGCAGAGACCUACAUUACCAUGUUUUUACCUGUUUAAAAUUGUGCAAUUCAAUCCUAUGUCAUAAUACUGAAUGCCUUGAUUUGCUUGUUACUGCCGUCGUGGCACUGCAGGCCUGUUUGUAACCAUUUUUGCACAACAAAAAUAAAGAAUAUAUAUAAAUUAAACAAAAAAAAAAAAAACACAAACCAAAUUAUGAAAAUAAAAUAAACAUAUAUAGUUGUUUAAAAAAAAGUCUAGUCGUUUUGGAUCCAGUGGCUUUAUUACAAUAUCAAGUGCACAUAUGUGCACGUUAAACAAUGUAACUCUGCCAUUUAAUCUAUGCAUUUACUUAAAUCUAAUUAGCACAAUGCACAGACCAGAGAACUGGUCUCACCUGAAGUGGCUAUUGUCUUUCCCCCCGCCUUUUGAGGGAAAGAUAUUCUUUACAUCAGCUACCAGUUUAGUAAAUUGUUCUCAUGGAGGUGUUUAUCACGCAAAAGAAACUGGGACAAAACAUUUUGUUUGUGAAAUCUUUAACUUGUCUGUUUCGGUCAAAAUAUUAGUUUAAUUUCUCUACAUACAAAAUUUAGAAUGCCUCACAGUCUGGUGAAAAAAAAAAUCUAUUUGGAUGUCCUGUAACUAAGCAACAUGGUUUUUUCCUCUUAACCAUGUUAUAUGUCCUUUUCACACACUGAUACAUUUUUUUUCAAUUCUCCCCAGAUCUUCAAGGCCCAUCCUUUACAGUCGAACUACAAUGGAACACAUCUGGACCCCAAUGCUGUCCCUCAGCCGAACACUGCUUUGCUGUCUUUGGUACUGAUGUCUGGGGCCUUCUUUAUUGCUUUCUUUCUCCGUCAAUUCAAAAACAGCAGCUACUUCCCAGGGAAGGUAAAAAACUUGAUAACUGAUUGAUUAAAAAUAAUAAUCAAUUUUUGAGUAGAGCAAGAGGGGAUUAAAGACUACAAAAAGCUAAGCAUAAGUCUGAUAACAUAUGAAAUCAAACUAGCUGCAAGUUCAUUUAGUUCAUUCAUAAUCAGAGUAGUAGGUCAUAUUUCUAGCAAGGUGCACUCAUCCUUUACAAUGUCAAUAAAACGAGUCCUAGUGAGUUGGUCUAUAAUAAGAUCUGCACCCCCAAAGUAAUAAUCAUUCCUAAUGUAUAAUUCCUAGUAAAACACAUCCCUUGGUUUAAAUGAAUGAGACCAAGUAGAUCGAUAUCAAGCCAGAUAGAAAAUUACAACUAAUAUUAUUAAAAGCUUGACUACAAGUUGAUAUCCCAGUAUAUAUUUUUGUUUAAUAAUAGUUUAAUGGACUAUAUUAAAACCUUGCCAGUAUUAUGAUGUGGGUAUAUUUUCUACAGUUACGUCGUAUUAUUGGUGAUUUCGGUGUUCCCAUUGCAAUUCUCAUUAUGGUCGGGGUUGAUUUUUCCAUUAAGGACACUUACACAAAGGUAAGGAAAUCUUUAUAUUACAUAUUCGAUAUUUGUAUGCAAGCUGCCAGGAUUCAUGAAAUUUUUGAGUGGUGAAAGGUAAUUUGAUCAAGCACAUGGUCCAUACAUGUAACGAGAAGUUCUUGCAACAAUAGCUGCCUCUCCAAACCACAGUAACUGAAAUCCUUCUGUACAUUUUGGUUUUCACAUUAGAAAUAUUAAAAGGUUUGCCAAUUUUGUAAAAUAUAGUCAUCUGUAAAAGAGCUGUUUAUAGGGUGUUUUUAUAGCCUCUAUUUAGUAUUUUCAGAUAAGCUUCUAAAAUGUUUUUUUUUUCAAAAUAUUAGAAAAUCAAAAAUGAUCAAUAUAUAAAAUAUAUAUCAAAAACUACCAAAAUAUUUUUCAAAAUAUUAAAUCAUUUGAAAUCUUAUCCAAAAAUAUUAAAUCAAAGUCUAAAUCUGGAGACGGAGAAGUUCAGAAGUUUGGAGAAGUUCAGCAGCCUGGUUACUGAUAAUUGAGCACUGUUUUCCAAUAUAGAAUUUUUGUCCAGGCAAAGCUACAAAAUGUGCUCAGGAGCCAACCGCAUCUUCAGCAAGUUUCAAGCAUAGCAUCUGAGUAUUUGUAUAAUACUUGUGAAGUCUCAUAUCAUCUAGUUAAGCUCUUGUACUUUAUCUAAAGUAUUUAUGAGCUAGUAGAAGUAUGUUGGUUGGAGUUGGUUGGAACAUUGUAGUUAUUCUUUUGUAAAGACUUAGCCAAAGUCAUCAUCCCUGUUAGAGACAAAUCUCACAGGCACAUAAAUGACCACAGCACUAUAAAAAGUUCACAUAGGGUCAAUAGUCUUCUGGGUAACCUCUCGCCCGAGUGUCAAUGUUUUUCAAGAGCUGUUAUGAAACUAUAAAGAAUGUGGCUUGAAGUAAGGGCAGUAUUAAAGUGGUGGAUUUGGGGUAUUAGAACAGAUCUAUUUUUUAGAAAGCCUUAUAACCUAACAAGUCUUGGAGGGGGAGUUAUUCCCGAUCCUGUGUUAAUAUCUACAAGAUAUAUCGGACUAUAGGACAAUUACUGAGAAAGUUCCGAUUAGGGAAUUCAGAAUUGUGUUUUGGGGAUACAAUUAUUUUGUGAUUAUUAUUUGUAUCAAUACUUGGGCUUCAUUUUUCAUUUAAUAGCAUGCGUGUAUACAUCUACAGUGUAUGGGAGUGUAUACACAAUAUUUAUAAUAACUGAGUGAGCGCAAAAGAGACAUAUCUAUUUAAUGUCAAACUCACCAUAUAUGUUGGUCAACUUUUAAUCAUUUUCUGUUGUUUUUGUUAGAAACUCAGCCUACCCAAAGGUCUCAGUGUCUCCUUACCCAGUAAUCGCAGCUGGUUUAUCCCACCAAUGGGGCUAAGCACACCCUUCCCCAUUUGGAUGAUGUUUGCUUCUGUAGUGCCAGCCCUUCUUGUCUUCAUCCUAAUCUUCAUGGAGUCUCAGAUCACAACGUAAGUCACUGCAAUGCUUUGGUCAAAAUCAUUUCAGGUUUUCUACAUGAUUCAGAAAAUGGCAAAAUCCACUAUAUGGUUUUAUGAUCUGAACCUAUGUUUUCACCCUGUUCUCAACUCUCAUAUUUAGCUUACCUGUGUUCUCAUCUCUCCUAGUAAACUGACCAGUGUUCUCGACUCUCCUAGUAAACUGACCAGUGUUCUCGACUCUCCUAGUGAGCUGACCAGUGUUCUCGACUCUCCUAGUAAACUGACCAGUGUUCUCGACUCUCCUAGUGAGCCUACCAGUGUCCUCGACUCUCCUAGUGAGCUGACCAGUGUCCUCGACUCUCCUAGUGAGCUGACCAGUGUCCUCGACUCUCCUAGUGAGCUGACCAGUGUCCUCGACUCUCCUAGUGAGCUGACCAGUGUUCUCGACUCUCCUAGUGAGCUGACCAGUGUUCUCGACUCUCCUAGUGAGCUGACCAGUGUUCUCGACUCUCCUAGACUCUCCUAGUGAGCUGACCAGUGUUCUCGACUCUCCUAGUGAGCUGACCAGUGUUCUCGACUCUGAUUGUAAGCUGGACCCCAUUAGUGGGUUCAACAAUAUUCUGAUUGUCACUUCCCAUGUUUCUGAACGCUGCUUGUCCAAAUGAUCAAUGAUUUGAAUCUCACUAUUGUACCAAGUAAUAGUCUGAGCCUCAGACUAGAAGAACCUAAACUGGGGUACUUCUAAAUGCGGUAUUCCUGGAAUGGCAGGGUGGGGGGUUAAUUUAAUGAUUUUAAUGUAAUUUUAUUACAUGUAGAAGCUCAAUGGAUUGUUGAUAAUUGAUUAAAAUCUGUAACUAAUGAUACUUGCCUAGAACAAAAAGUGAGAAGCAUUAUUUUAAUGAACAUGCAAAAACAUGGCCUGAUUUUGAUUUUGAUGAUUUUUCUCAUCAGCUGAAAUCCCUGUAUUAAACCAGUGGUUCUUAAACCAGUCCUCAUGCUUCCCAUACAAGUCCAGGAUUUAAGGAUUACCCACUUGUGUCUAAGGUGGUUUUAAAAACAAACAAACAAAACAAAAACACCUUAGACACAACUGGUUAAUCCCUAAAUCCUGGACUGGUUUGGGAACCACUGUAUUAACCAAUAAUAUAAACCUAUCGUGUUCUUGUGUUUUGUAUUUUUAUUUGGGAGAUAAAUACCAUGUUUUACCCCAAAAGGCUCAUUGUCAGCAAACCAGAAAGGAAAACCGUGAAGGGCUCAGGAUUCCACUUGGAUCUGCUGUUGAUCGUGGGCAUGGGAGGUGUCUGUGCCUUCUUUGGGAUGCCUUGGCUCAGUGCCACCACAGUGCGUACAGUCAGCCACGCCAACGCUUUGACCAUCAUGAGCAAGGGAGACAAGCCUCAAAUAGAGAGAGUCAUCGAACAGAGGAUCAGUGCACUUCUAGUGUCUCUUCUUGUCGGUCAGUUUAAUAAAUGUGUGUUUUGUGUUUUUGUGUGUGUGUGUGUGUGGGCAUAUAUAUUUGGGUAUAGCAAAAUGACUGCUCUGCAUCACCUGCAUAUCGCAAGUUGCACUUAGAGAAGUCCUCCUUGGGCAAAAGAAAGUUAAGAACUCCCGUUUCCAAAAUAUCCUAGAGUACCCAGCUUGACAUGCAACGCAGAAUGCAAAAAUAAAUAAAUUUUAUAUUGUUGCUGGGUAUUUAUACACUGUCUCACGUCGUAUUGGUGGCCCUUCGUGUCAUUCAUAGCAAGAAUUGUGUAUUUUAUUUACACAAACAUAUUACAUAUAAUAUGAAAACAUUUCAAAUUACAGUUUCUUCAUUUAUUUUUUUCUGUGAAAAGCUAUUAUCUGUGCAUGCACACCAAACCUUCUGAGAUCCGCUAGAGCAGGGGUAGGCAACCUUCGGCACUCCAGAUGUGGUGGACUUCACAUCUGGAGUGCCGAAGGUUGCCUGUGCCUGCGCUAGAGGAUGACAAUUGGUUUCCUUGGUGUUUUGGGAAAUUGGGCGUAGAGGUGCAGCAAACUUGCCAAACUGUAACAUCCGAGUACUUUUUUAUCUGAGUACUUCUUUCAUGAAAACACCUGCAACCAUGUUUGCCAAGCACUGCGCAGCUUUCUACUGAAAGCAGACCACGAUCCAUUAAACCUGAGCAUAGUAGGUGUUUAUGAUAUAUAGACAACACUCCAAUUGAAAUAGUGGAAUGCCCACGAUCAGUUGAACCAUCUCAACGUCCUGGUAUCUGCAGAUUCUGGGUAUUUGCAGAAAAUAUUUAUAUAUAAAAAAAAAAAAAAAAGUAAAUAUUUAUGGGUCAGAUCUAUUUCUUAAUUCCAAAGAAAAAAUCCACUUCGGUGGGUCUUGUGAGAUGAUUUGCCGUCGACAUUUGCAACUCUGAAACAAACCAAAUUCAGAGUUAAUGCAAACAAAGAUGGUGAGAUGACGGGACUAGGAUAGGCAAUGGCAGAUGAAGUUGAGCUCCAAAAGGUACAUCCAUCCACAAAGCUCUGUAGAAGAUCUGGCAAACAAUAGUGUCCAUGUGUAUGGCUGUCUGCACACUUCCUUCUGCAAUACGUAUCCAUGUCAUGCGAUUGUACAAUAGGUGUACCUUUUAGUGUAAUGACCCACCUGUCCAAUGUGUACCCUCUUGACGAGGUUAUUCUAUCAGCCUACAUUUUUAUCUACAAUUUACAAAGUACACUCCUCACUUUUCUUCAUUUCUUCCACCAGGUCUUUCUAUCUUGAUGGAGCCCGUCCUUACUCUCAUUCCUUUGGCUGUCCUAUUUGGUAUAUUUCUUUAUAUGGGGGUGACUUCCCUGAAUGGUAUACAGCUUUAUGACCGCAUACUCCUCGCCCUUAAACCACCCAAAUAUCACCCCAAGGAGAUCUAUGUGACUCGGGUAAGAAGGGAAAGAGUGAAGGGGGGAAAUGAAAGAAGUCAUUUGAAGUGAGACGUGUAUUGGUAAACACUAUUGUUAGGGACCAAGAAGAACAAGCAAGGGACUGUGCAAGCGGAGGUCAAAGAGGCAGAGGUGGAGUUAAAUUAAUUUAAAAGCCUACUCAAACUAAAAAAACUGUGUUUUCUAAAACAAUUGUUUUGGUCACAGUAACCCUUAUUAUUAGAGGGUUAUUCCAAGCACCAUGACCACUUCAGUGAUUUGAAGUUGUUAUGGUGCUUGGAGUCUUCAUGUGCAGCUAAUGUCAAUUCUGUCUAUAGUGGACAUCUGACAUCGGCAUCCUGGCAACAGACGAACAAUGUUUUUUUUACUGUCCUGGCAUUCCCCCACUCCCCCCCCCUCAAAGAAAAAAAAAAUCCAGUGAAAGGCCAAAUUCUCCUGGUAGCCCGAUCCUUGAUUGUUGACGUCACUCCCCUUGGGGAGGGAUGUAGCAAGAAUGUGCGGAAUGGAGGACUUGAGCAGUACGGGGGAAGUGUGGUGAGUUGAGUCCUUGUUGCCAGAUGUCCAAUGUGCACAGAACUGACAUUAACCAGCCCGGGACUAUUAUUCUGAGCUGGCUAAUGACACUGUCAGAGAAGGAGUUACAACUCUGGCAACAAAGGAGUUAAGCCUUGUAUGUGCAGCAUUUCAUGGUUAAACGCUUUUCUGUGGUUGUGGUACUUGGAGUAACCCUUUAAUAAUGAAAAGGAAAACCAUAAAAGAUCAACAAAAACAUGGCAGACUUUAAGGUACAUAAAUGAAAUGUGGGAAGGAUGCUGGGCGAUUGUCCGUUUAGCAUGUUUCACGUGGUUCAUGAUAUUGCCAUUGGAUGUAGGUCAUUAUGGUAGAAAGAUUUAACUUGCAGGAUUAUGGGAGAAAUGUGGACAAUGGUUUGAAAAAUGAAAUGGAAGAUUCUAAUGGCUUUUCAAAAAUGAGGAUAUGAUUGUCUGAAUUCUCUCUCCAUAGGUUAAGACGCUGCGCAUGCACUUGUUUACGUUGUCCCAAGUACUGUGCUUGGCAGUGCUAUGUGUGGUCAUCUUCACCCCAGCUUCACUGGCCCUGCCCUUCGUCCUCAUUCUUACUGUGCCACUACGAAGGUUCCUACUGCCAUGUAUCUUCAGCAACCUAGAGCUCACUUGUGUAAGUACUCCAUAAAUGGACCGGUGGGUGGGAAAACGAAGGUGGUUUGUUACCCUAAUUUUAAAGAGGUUUGUGCUAACAGAACAUACAAGUAAAACAUGGCUCUUUCGUUAAAAUUACACUGUAACUAAUAUUUUGUUUCUAUAAAUUAAUUUAAAGGGAUACAACAGGCACUAAAACAACCUUAGCUUAAUUAAUCCGUUUUGGUGUAUAGUUCAUGUCACUGCAGUCUCACUGCUUAAUUCUCCAACAAUUAUGAGUUAAAUCAGUUUCUUUAUGCACCCUAAUCACACCUCCCUGUGUGUGACUUACACAGCCCUCCUAAACACUUCCUAUGAAGAGUCAUCUUAUGUUUACACUUCCUUUAUUGCAAAUGCUGUUUAAUUCAGGAUUUCUUAUCUCGUGCUCUGUUAAUAGCUUGCUAGACCCUGCAAGAGCCUCUGGUUUGUAAUUAAAGCUCAAUUUACAGAGCAGGAGAUAAAAACUUUCAAAGUAAAUUACAUCUGAUUAAAAAUGAAACCAUUGUGUUUUCAUGUAGUCGGUGUCAUUUACAGACAGGGGAGGUGUGGCUAGGGCUGCAUAAACAGAACUAAAGUGAUUUAACUCCUAAAUGGCAGAUAAUUGAGCAGUGAGACUUCAGGGGCAUGGUCUAUACCCCCAAACUGCUUUAUUAAGCUAAAGUUGUUUUGGUGACUAUAGUAUCCCUUUAAAAUAAUCCCACCAGCGUAAAGCUAUUUCCAUUUGGCUGAGAUGUAGCACAUAUUUAGCUGUAAUGCACACUUAAAAAUAGGACAGUAUUUCAGUGGGUAGGCAGCCAUCGUGGUAUUAUUAUUAUUAUUAUUAUUAUUAUUGCCAUUUAUAUAGCGCCAACGGAUUCCGUAGCGCUUUACAAUAUUUUGAGAGGGGGGGGUGUAACAAUAAAUAGGACAAUUACAAGAAAACUUACAGGAACAAUAGGUUGAAGAGGACCCUGCUCAAACGAGCUUACAGACUAUUGGAGGUGGGGUAUUUGAAACAUUAGGACAAUAAAUAUCAAGUAGGAGUGAAGCAGAGCUGGAGGAGAGAGCAAAGCACUGUCCCAUAGGAGAGAGCAGGAGACAGGUAUGUAAGGUAGAGAUUACUCUGGGAGGCCAUAAGCUUUCCUGAAGAGAUGGGUUUUAAGGCCCUUCUUAAAUGAUUGAAGACUAGGGGAGAGUCUGAUGGCAGUAGGCAAGCUAUUCCAUAGGAGAGGAGCCGCCCGCGAGAGGUCCUGCAAGCGCGAGUUGGCCGUACGGGUGCGAGCAGCGGUCAGGAGGUGGUCACGGGCAGAGCGGAGGGUACGUGGAGGGGCAUAUUUAUGGAUCAGUGAAGAGAUAUAAGCGGGGCUAGAACUGUUCAGUGCUUUAAAUGUAUGGGUUAGCACUUUGAAUUGACUCCUAUAGCAUACAGGGAGCCAAUGUAAGGACCGGCAGAGGGGUGAGGUGUGAGAGGACCGACUAGAGAGGAAAAUCAGUCUAGCUGCAGCAUUCAUUACAGACUGUAGCGGGGCAAUACGGCUUUUGGGGAGACCAAUCAGGAGAGGGUUACAGUAAUCCAUGCGGGAAAUUACUAGAGCAUGGACAAGCUCCUUGGUAGCAUCUUGCGUAAGAAAGGGGCGAAUGCGGGCUAUGUUUUUGAGUUGGAACCUACAGGACUUGGCAACAAACUGGAUGUGAGACUCAAAGGUGAGACCAGAGUCAAGUAUGACGCCAAGACAGCGCGCUUGCAGGGAUGGACUUAUGUGGAUAUCACUGACUUGAAGGGAGAGUGAGAGAGGAGGAUUAGGAGGAGGAAAGACAAGGAGUUCAGUUUUAGAGAGGUUAAGUUUCAGAAAGAGUGAAGACAUCCAGUCAGAGAUGGAAGAAAGGCAAGCAGUGACACGUUGCAGGACAGCAGGGGAGAGGUCCGGGGAGGAGAGGUAUAUCUGAGUGUCAUCAGCGUACAGGUGGUAGUGGAAUCCAAAAGAGGCAAUCAGUUUACCAAGAGAGGCGGUAUAAAGAGAAAAUAGAAGGGGACCAAGGACAGACCCUUGGGGAACUCCAACCGAGACAGGACGAGUGGAGGAGGUAUCCUUGGAAAAGGAGACACUGAAUGAGCGUUGGGAGAGAUAGGAGGAAAACCAAGAGAGGACUGAGUCACAGAGACCGAGCGAUUGAAGAGUUUGAAGGAGGAGAGCAUGAUCAACGGUGUCAAAGGCAGCAGAGAGGUCAAGGAGAAUUAAUAUGGAGUAAUGACCUUUGGAUAUAGCGGAGAUUAGGUCAUUAGUCACUUUGAUAAGAACAGUCUCAGUAGAGUGGAGAGGGCGGAAGCCAGACUGAAGAGGGUCAAGGAGAGAGUUGGAAUUAAGGAAGCGGGACACACGGGUAAAGACAAGCCUUUCCAAAAGCUUUGAUGAGAAAGGGAGCAGGGAUAUGGGACGAUAGUUAGAAGGGGAGGAUGGGUCAAGAGAUGGUUUUUUCAGGAUAGGUAUUACAGUGGCAUGUUUAAGGUCAGCAGGAACAGUGCCAGAAGAGAGAGAGCAGUUAAAGAUGUGUGUUAGGGUAGGCACAAGACAAGGGGAGAGAGAUCUGAUGAGGUGAGAUGGGACAGGAUCGAGCGGGCAAGUGGUGAGGCGAGAGGAAUGGAGAAGCGCAGCCACCUCUUGUUCAGUAGCCGGGUAUUGACUGAGGGUCUUCCAAACACAGGUGACCUUUACAUUUAACUGUACAUAAACCUAAGGCUAAGCAGACUGGUCAGCCAAAAGUCAAGAUUGGCGGUUUGCUGAGUGUCCAAAGUGCAAGAAAAAGGAGAACCGUUUUCUGAAUCCUCUGAUGAUGUAUCUUUAAUGACAGAAGUUGACUAGACACUUUUUCUUCACUUGCUGAGGAAGAGACUAAAAAAAUAAGAAACAGAAGGUACAGAACUAGGUUACUGAAGGGGCAAUAGGAGCUGAAGCUCCAGGUCCACAUAUUGCAAUCCAGUGAUGGCUAACCUGGACACUGUAAAUUGUUUCUGGACUACAUUUCCCAUGAUGCUCAGCUAGCUUAUAGAGUCUAAAAGCUAGCUGAGCAUCAUGGGAAAUGUAGUCCAGAAACAAUUUAUGGUGUCAAGGUUAGCCAUCAUUUCAAUAGGCUCAGCUACCAUCCCUAGCCUGACUGAGUAACAUGGGGAAACACCAUCCCUAUAGUCGUGUCAAGGAACAUGAGAAAUGUCAACACAUGCAGUGCGCCAAAGGUAGUUUUAGCAUUGUAAAUAAAAUUCUGUACCUGGAACAGCAAUCUUUGCUCCAUGCCCGUACACAAUGUCUCCGUGGGCCAUUAUCAGUUGGAUAGAUUCCACGUGCCCCGUGACCCGUUGUAGCCAUUGCUCUUCAAGCAGAUUUCCCUGUCCCUUAGCCUACUUGUGAAGGUGAUUCUAAUGCAGGGCCGGAUUAACAUAGGGGCUGAUGGAGCUGGAGCUGCAGCUCCAGGCCGAGGCCCAUGGAAUAGGCCCAUUUAAAAAAAAAAAAAAAAAAUUCUUUUUUUUUAAACUUUUUUUUUUAACACACUACUCUUAGGUUUUCCAUCUGACUGGUAUUUUAGGGCACAGCCUGUAUUUAAGGCUGCCUGGCCGUGAUGGUAUUGCAGUAAUACCGGCAAUACAAAUGCAAACAUUUUUCUCAGUAUAAACGGAAAUUACUCUGCAAUACCAGCACCGGCCAGUAGGGGUCACUGUGUAUGGAGAGAGGCAGGGAUAGGAAGUUACAGCAUAUCCCUCCCUGCCUCUCUCUACUCACUGAUCCGCGGGGGAGCAGCAACACAGCACAGAGAGUUCAGACAGCAGCUCCCAGCCUGCAGAGACAGCCUACAGCUCAGGGAAGUGAAGGAUGGGGGGGAAGGCAGCAGGGAAACAUGGGGACACUGAGACACUAGGGGACACAUGGUGACACUGAGACACUAGGGGACACUGGGAGACGUGGGGACACUGAGACACAUGGGGAUGCUGUGAGACAUAGGUAGACACAUUGGGACACGGAGACACUAGGGACACAGUGUCUUUAGUGUCUCAGUGUCCCCAUGGCUCCCAGUAACCCCAUGCCUCCCAGCCAGUGUCCCUAGUGUGUCAGUGUUCCCAUGACUCUCUGUGUCCCCAUGUCUCCCAUUGUCCCCAUAUGUCUGUGUCCCUAUGACUCCCAGCCAGUGUCCCUAGUGUCUCAGUGUCCCCAUGUCUCCCAGUGUCUGUGUCCCCAUGUCUCCCAGUGUCUGCGUCCCCAUGUCUCUGUGUCCCUAGUGUCUGUGACCCCAUUUCUCCCAGUGUACCCAAAUGUCUGUGUCCCCAUGUCUUCCAGCGUCUCCAUGUCUGUGUCCCCAUGUCUGUAUCCACAAGUGCCCCCAUGUCUCCCAGUGUCCCCAAGUGUCUCAGUGGGAGACUAGGGGACUGGGCGACAUGGAGGCACUGACACUGUGAUGCAUAGGGACACCGAUGCCAGGCUGGCCUUCCAAUUCUUUGGACAGACAUAUCCCCUUUUUGGGCAUGUUCGCCCCUUUUGGCAGUUCUGGUCAUGUGAUUCGCAUCAGUGGCCGACUCUUUUACCCCGCCCAUUGGCUUCCUGCUUCACUGGACACUGCUGUUGGUAUGGAUUUACUUGAAAGAUGAAAACAUAAAUUAGAUCAGGGGUAGUCAACCUGGUCACUACCGCCCACUAGAGGGCGGCUUGGGAUUUUAGAUGGGCGGAGGUGGGUUCUGCGGAAAAAGCCCAGUGGGCCUUGAUGGCUGUGGGUCAAGGCUGGCAUGUGAGAUCCUUUCAUCUCCUCUGCCAGCCCAUGCAGAGCCAGCCUUGCUGAAAGCCCUUUCAGGCUGGUGAGGAGAUCAGAGAUCUCCCUCAGAGUACCACUGGCAUUUAGUUCAAACAGAGAGAGGCUCUGUGUUACUCCUGCGAGCAGGCUGAUCGGAGCAUUGCUGCGCGUUACCAUGGCAAUGCUCCAGUACAGUGCUGUGCUCGCAGGAGGACAGGAGAGUCAGCCUGCAGCUGCAGGAGCUGCAGGCUAAAGUGAACAUGCCACCACUGGACCAACAGUGCUUGCAGGUAAAAGGUAAGAAGAUGGGAGGGGGAGACAUUAAGAUAGAUUUUCACAUCUCGCCCACCUACACACAGCACAGACCCUAUGCACCUGUCACACAAAAACACACACACUACACCGCCCCCUCAGACACAGACUGCCUCUCUCACAAACACUCUGCCCCCCCCCACACACACACACACUGCCCCCUCUCACACACAGCACCCCUCACACACACACUGCACCCUUCACACAGACAAUUCACCAUUCACAUACACACUGCACCUCUCACACACACACACACAGCACCAUUCACACACACACAGCACCCUACACACACACACACAUAAAAAACUCUCCUUUCGAAAAAAAAUUAAACACUUUCGCUAUAAAAUAAGUUACUGCAGCAUUGGUGGGCGGUAAAGAAAUUUUACCAUCAACAAAGAUACAAAAGUAGGGGGUAGGCAUUAAAAGGUUGACUACCCCUGAAUUAGAUAAAGAGAUUAGCAUAGAGUAUGUGUUUUCUUAUGGCUGCAUCCUUUGAGUUUCCCUCCAACACCAUCUCCAUCAGAUACAUGACGCUUGGGAGGUAUGAUUGUUUUUGUGUUUUUGGUCGAUAAGAUUCUGUAAUUAGGCCCCAUCAUAAUUGUCAGCACCAGACCCACUGGGCUCUUAUCCUUACUUUUUCAAAAUAAUCUUCUGUGUUUUUUAGCUGGAUGGGGACAAUCCUACAGUGAGUCUUGAUGAAGAUACAGGAAAGGAUGAAUAUGAUGAAGUUCAGAUGCCAGUAUAAAGGAACAAAACCUAUGGAUCCUUUAAACAUCACACGUAAAGUCUAUUCCUUGGUAUGGUGGAAGCCAUCUUGAAAGUAUUUGACAAAUAUUUCAAGGUGCACCUUGUCCACAACUACAAUGUUCCAGAACAUUCCCAGAACCUCCAUUGGAUUAUAAACUGCAUGCAUUUUAAAUUUUAUAACCUAUUUUGUAAAUUAGUGACCUGUUUUUUCUUCAUUUUAUAUUUUCUGCAUACAAAAACAGGUUACCAAAUUAUUUUUAUAUUAGAUGGGGAAAAAAAAUCAUGUGCGAUUUUUAACAUUAAGAGAAUCCAGGAAUAUAUUUGCAUAUGAGUGAUCCUAGAUUAUUAUAUAUUUAACAUUUAACAAUGCUUCAAACAAAUCUUUUCAUUUGAAAAGAACAUUCCUAUCUUCACAACAAUUUUAUCUUAAUCUUAUAUUUAGGAGUUAAACUGUUUUCCAAUGGUUUAACCUCCGUAGUUGGUCCCCCGGUGUUCGACAGCCUCGUCUUUAACUUUUUCAGUCCAGGAAAGCCAGCAGUAGACCGGGAAUGUCACUUGACAAUCUCGGCCUAUCGCCAUUUGGCUAGGCAAGCCUUUCUGGACAAGAUGAAACCAGGAGGCAGGUAGAGAGGAACCAUCGCAGUCAGGCACGGGGAAGACCAACUUCAGAAUGAAACCGUUGGAAAACUGUGUAAACCCUGAAAGUAAGAAGGUUCUCAGACACUCCUUGAGAUGAAAUUGUAAUGCGGGUCGAAGUUUUCCUUUAAUACUAUUUCACUAUCUAUUUUUUUUUUCUUUUUUUACUUUUAAUUAUUAAUGCUAUGCGCUUUGCUCUAACCAUUCCUUUGUAAAUAUGCUUAAAAAUUAAUAUAUGUGAUCAGAAAUAUAAUAUAUUUUACAACACGCUCGAAAAAAAAGUGGAAAAAGUAUUUACAUAAAUAUCUGAACUUUAUUUAAUAGAAUUACAAGCUACUUUCAUAGGGUAUUUAAUACAUUGAACGCAUUUCAUCUAAGUUGUAGAUUGAAAUGCAUUUCAACCCCUGAGAUCUUUAGGCAAUAAGUAUUUUUAAAGAUUUUUUUUUUUUUUGUUGGAAAUAAAUGAAUUAUUUGUAUUUUUUAAUAAGAGUUUUAAUGGCAAUGUUAAUGUAAUGCUUUGCUAUAAAGAAAGUUUUACUGUGACAUGAUAGAUGGAACAUUUUAUACAAAGAAUAAAAUCCCUUUUUAAAAUGUGCAUAUUGUGCUUCUAUAUGAAAUCAUUUAAUGUGAAUGCCAACAUGAUAAUUUAUCGUAAAAUUAUGAAGAACAAAAAGACUUCAUAGUGAGGAGUUAGAAUGAAAGUUAUGAGACGUGAAGAGGUUUUUUGGAACAAAAG